AUGUACGUCCGCUCCUACUACUGCUGCUACCCCAGCAUCGCCACUGACUCGCAAGCCGCCUCGCUUCGGGCCAUACUCAACGGCGAUCCGCCUGUGCCUGGCUUUGUCGGUGAUGUCGGUCCUCUGCGUCCAAACGCCAGGGUGCGAGUGCGAGCGCGAGUGUCUCGUAGUCCUCACUCAGCAUGUAGGCGUCAUCACAGGCUGCGUGGGCCACGACACCCGUCCCUAGAUCGACAUUACAGCAGCCUCGCCCAGCUGGACGCCAUGGAUGGGCACGGCGUAGGCACGCCCACUGACGGAGCGGUACUCUGUGACAGCAUGCUACCAUGUGUCAAGCCACCAAGGGCUGCCUCCGGGGCUUGCUCUGCUUCUCUGCGCCGCCCCGCGCCCCAGCAAAGCCCGGCUUGGACGAAAGCGAGCCAGAGACGUCGAGCCGUUCGGGGCGGGUCACGAUGGCUUCAUGCAAGCAAAGCCAGAGGCGUUAGGGGGGAUCCGGGAUGCGCAGCAAUCGAGAUGGGCUCCAUCGGCCGCUCAACGGCUGGUGUGAGGCCAUUCCGAUUGGCCUCAGCCGCCGCUUUAGCACGGCCACCGACGUCUCCUCCCCAGCUGACAGCACCAAGGCAGGCCAGCUUCUUCAAGUUUGCACGCCCAUGGCCCGGCCCUGCUGGCGAUACAGGGCCGGCCGCCGACACCCACUGGGCCUCGUCUUGCUUGCCCUUCUCGACCGACGGCCGCUCGUCUGCCUUUGCCUUGUCCUCGCCUGCAGCCAGUGCAUCCUUUCCCGUGGCUGCGCUCCUUGGCUACAUCUGCUCCUUGGCCCCAAUCCACGCAGCCCCCAUUGGGCAGAACCGCUCCAGAACCUAA